AUGGAUGACUUAAUAAUUAAAUGGUCAAAGCAACUAUCCACAACGUCAAAUAUCUUUGAAUCAUAUACUUCUAAAGUAAAGCAAUGGGAUCAACAUUUAGUUAAGAGUGGUGAUGAAAUAUCCAAAUUACAUCAAGACACGUUGGAGGCUGAAUCGUUGCAGAAUAAAAUCGACCAGCAUUUAUUAUUUGUUGAAAACCAACAAGAUGAAUUGGAUCAAAUAUUAGAUAACUAUGAAGCACAAGCUGAUAUUUUGUUGAAUAAUAUCGAGUUAAACAAUUCUACUAAUGACGGUUUCAACAGCGGCUUAUCAAAUUUCUCGAAUGGAGGGUCAAAUGGUGGUUUAAGUGUUACUGAUAAAUUGCGUGAAAAAGCUUACCAUAAUGCAGAACUAUUAGACGAAAGAUUGGAUAAUAUGGGAGAUAACUUGACAACAUUAAUCAACGAAAUUAACUCCGUGAGUGAUGUUUUCAACAAAAACUUAUUGAAUGAUAUAUCGAAUACGAAUGAUCAGAAUAAUGAAACCAAGCAAGUUGAACAAUCACAGGAAAAUCCAGUAGAGGAGAUAGUCAAAUUGUUGAAUUUGCAUUUAGAAAAUUUAAAGUAUAUUGAAAAAUCUGAAGCUACAUUAAAGGAAGAAUUGUCGAAGAUCAAUCGUACUAAGAAGAUCCAAUUUUAA